AUGCUUCAAAAAGCUAUUCUCGAAUGGUCUUCUAGGGCCUGGGAGCAAGGGAUCGCCGCUCACAAUCGAAUGUUAUAUCAAUCUCUGACAAAGUGGAUAGGUAUGACUCCGGGAGAUAUCGAUGAAAGUGAUGUGGAAUCUCAUGAUCCUGAAGGCAGAUCAAACGAUAUGGGAGGUAUUCAAGACUGGUUUGCUAAUACGCGCGAGGGAUAUACUUUAAAUGGCAACUCACUUCCAAGCUACGACACGGUGAUGACCUCCUGA